CGAAGUUUUAUGAGAACAAUACCAAUCUUCAAUAGUUGAUGUUUGACUCAAUACUAUUGAUUGCUACUUCUUAUUUUUGCAGCAGAGGAACACAAAUUACUACGCUUUUGAAGAAAAGUGCUAUAUUUUCAGCCGGUACAUUGGGGAACAGUUAAAGCAAUCUUUAUUUAAUUUGUUUUGCAGAGACCAGAAGACUUGUGGGCAAUCCAUUCUCAACCAGUUUUCCCACGGCCUCACCGAAAGGAAAGCUCUUCCUGGAUAGCAAUGCAAAAGAUAAGCGCAAGUGGAGAUAAAAUUGGACUACACAAUUUCAAGCCCAUAAAACCCUUGGGUUGUGGUGAUACUGGCAGUGUUCAUUUGGUUGAACUAAAAGGAACUGGUGAACUGUAUGCUAUGAAGGCAAUGGAGAAAUCUGUCAUGUUAAAUCGUAACAAGGUUCAUCGUGCAUGCAUUGAGAGGGAAAUUAUUUCUCAACUGGAUCAUCCUUUCCUUCCCACACUAUAUGUUUCCUUUCAGGUAUUCUCAUUUUCAUUGCCAUAACGUCUCUUUUUCUGUUCAAUAAUAUUGCGUGUUUUUAAUACUAUCUACAUAAGCAUGCCUGCAUGUCUGAUUAAGGUAUUAUAGUUCUUUAACCAUAGCAGAUACCUGCAACUGGAAUUCCAUUAUUACCUCUAGCAAAAUCCUUUUUCUUGAGUUAUAUUGGUCCAUUUUACUGAUACAUACUAAAUGGCUUAAAGAAAUCUCUUGCAUCUUCUUUUAUUCUCUUUAUGUCCUCAAAAGGCUCUAUGCUUUCACCCAUUAUUUGUUUGUUAUAAACAUGAGUUCCCACCUUCCAUAAAACAGGAUAUAUUGCACAUACCGCAUGCCUAUUUUGGUAUGUCUUGCAUUAGUAUUAUGGGAUGGGUUCUAUAUGUUGCAGUUUCACAUAAAAGUGCUGAAGGAUUUAAAUGGAAUAUUAACUGGUUAAUUGAGUUCAUAAUUGAUGAGCAAAACUCUAACUAAGAAGUCUUUGCCCAAAUACAAGAACUAUUAUUACCCUAAGAGUAGUAAAUUCAAUCAGAAUGUCUAAACACUUUUCUGUUUGAAGUUGAACCCUCUCGUUUAGGUGUUGCCUCUCAUAUAUUUUUCACUUUUUUUUUUGCUUCUACUUAUGCUUGCAUCAAAGAUCUUUGUCUUCUCUUUUCUUUUGUUCUGACAAGAGAUACUAAUUAAAG